UCUCAUUCCUCUACAAGAAUCACAAGUUGUGAUUCACAACAAAAGUUCUUUUUCAAUAUUUCGUCAAUAAUUUUUUUCCUCAAUAUCAAUUCAAUUUAAUCCAAACAUUGUUUUGAAUAAUUUGUAAUUGCUAAUCAAGUUUAAUUAUCCAUAGAAUUGUCGCCCGAUUUGCAAUGGAAUCCGGGCGAAAUGUGCAAGAAAUCGCGUUAAACAAUCCAAUCAUUUUGACACAAAUAAUGAAACAGACGUCAACCCCGUUGCUGACUUGUCGACAGGUUUGCAAAUUUUGGAACGAUAUCGUCCUCACCUUGCCAAAUCCGAGACUCGCGUUAAAACUGAACCACGAAGGAGCUGGAAAUAAUAACGACCUGGUUCCAUUUUUCGACCUGUGUUUCACAUUGGAUCCCCGACUUGCUAAACGGAUCAGGGCCUCGACCUGCGAAGCCAUUCACUCCUUCGCCGCAAAAUUGACCUAUUUUUGCGAGAAGUUUACCAAUAAUGUGCAAAUCCUGGAGGUCUCCAUCGAAUACGAAAGCUGUGUGAAAUCCGUUCUCCAAAUAUUGCAAAACUUCUGCCCGAACUUGAAGCAGUGUUGGAUUUCGUGUAAAUUUGGGAAGUCCAAGAAUUUCAAGUUGCAUCCGAGAGAGGAGAAAAUUUUGCACGUGCGAAUCCCAAUAAAAUCAAAUUUGACCCUUUUUACCCUCCGAGCAAGGAAAGUGACUCCGUUUCUGACCAAUUUUGUGGACAUGGUGCUCGCCGCGGCGCCAAAUUUGAGUGGGAUCACACUUCCGUGGGGUGUGUGUCCAGAUUUAGGAAAUUCUACGGUUCUGGAGUCCUUAAAAGUUGAGGUGGACGGUCGGGUUGGACCAUGUGCCAUGCACGUGGCGGACGAAAUCUUGACAAACCUGUCCAAAAUGGUGGAUCAAGUUCGCGACCAACUCGUCACCCUCAGUUUUGGCUACGUCGGACGUAAAAGAACCGCAAAUUUGCGAUGGCUUGAGCCCGAAAAUGGCACCAGAUUCCACUUACCGGGAAGAAUGGCGAAAUUGCAAAAUUUCAGAAAUGAAAUGGCCGAAAUUUUUGGCUGCGGCGACCUUCUCCGAAACGUCGAAACCCUGAAAUCGCUCGCGAUCGGGAACAUAUUUUUAAAAUCGGGACGCGUCUCUGAAAUUUUGCGAGGAAUUUUCGCCAACAAGAUUUUUGGGAGUGUGUCCACCUUGGCGUUGAUGGAAGUGUAUGGAGAUCCCUGCAUUUUGGACGGAUUAAGGACCGCUUUUCCGAACGUGAUGCGUUUCGAGAUGGACACGUAUCACUAUUUGUGGCCGGAUUUCUGCGACAAGGGGGACGACAUGAAGUUGGGCGCUAUUCUGGCCGCGUGUGGGGGUUGGGGGCGGCUGACCUAUUUGAAAGUGACGAUGGCCAAAUAUCCGUAUAAAAUUGGGGACAUGAUUCGUAAUUUGUUGGAUGCAAAGGAGUUGUAUGCAGGCCUUAAAACGCUACAAAUCCUGACACACGAUGGGAUUCAUCCGUACCACGAAUUGACGGAGGACGAGGCCGACUCAUUUAAACAAGUUAUCGCCGCGAUGGAUGGGAUGGACGAGGUCUCAAUUCCCGAGCUUCAUUUUUCCAGCAAAUCGGAGGAACUUGUCCGCAAUUUCGUUGCGUCGACUACUAAACUGUCCAAGUUUAACCUGAUUGCGGGCGACCCUUCGGAGGAAAAGGAGGACAGCGAUUAGAUGUUUUUUUUGAAACAUUAAGCGUAACGACUCGCCAAUCACCCAACUAAAUGGUCAAAAUUAAUAUAUUUUUAAUAAUUACUCCGCUCUGGGAAUUUAUGUUAAAAUUCUAAACGUAGAAAUUUUACUCAAUAAGUUCAUUACGUAGUUGAAUGGCGAUGACCUUUAGUUUCGAUGAGUUAUAAUUUUUCCGAAAGCUGCUUCCUUCUUGGGAACCCCUUCUUCAAAAAUGGUCAAAAUUUGGAGUGUGUAUAUUUAAAAAAAAUGGGAACCAUGCACGUGUCCUAUAAAUUCAUCUUUCAGAAUUUUGAAAUAAACUUCAAGAGCGGAUAAUUUAUGAAAAAUGUGCUGAUUUUUGGGAUGAAUCAUCGAGUUCUGCUUUAACUUUUUCUUUUCAAUUUAGAUUAAAAUUAUUGAUGGUUAAAAAUUUUAAUUUUGUACUGGAUAAAACGUGUGGAAUAGAUGGUUCAAAUUCAGAAAGAGUAUUUUUGCGGAUUUGAUUUUACUUUUCUAGAUGUCAUGUUUUAGAAAUAUGUAUGUGUUAAUAAAACAACUCGUUGGAAUAAAAA